AUGCCGCACCACUCCCGAGACAUCUCACCUUACCUCCUCAACGUCACCUCGCAACGCAGAAGUCGACCGCCAUCCUACAACACUGCUACACAAGGCGAUCACGCGCGCAGCCCAAGACUAAGAUUCGAGGAACGCCAAACGCCAUCUCGACGUGUCCCAUACCAACCACCAUACGUGCAAACAGUCAGCGACGCCUCCAGCGCCACAUUCAGGCCGACACACCGCACACGUGCACCAUCACCAGAGGACAGUCGUAUCCCCACCACCAUGGAGGACGAUCGCAUGCGCAUUACACCAAGCGAAAUCGAAGAAAUGGACGCCCAAGCUAUCGCCGCACUUGCCCGCGAGACCCGCGAUUAUCCUCACGCACCACGCCCCCCGAGACACAGAUCCUCUCCAACAACCGGCAGCAACUCAUACCUCUCAUCCACCUACAUGGACAACACUGACAUCCGCACCCUCUCCUCAUGGCCCUCAAUCUCCGCACCACCCGACUCAUCCUCCCACUACCAUUUCCGUCACCGCCAACCCAGCAACAACCAUCACACCUCUUUCCCCCGCCUGCUCCCGACCCCCAUCCGCCCCACUCGAACUUUCACCCACGACCUCGCCCCCAUCUACCGCGACGACUCCCUCUUCUCCCUCCCAGGAAUCGACUCAGGCGAUCCCUACCUCCGCGACAGCGCUGGAAAACUCCACAUGACGUCCGCACCAGGGACGUACGAGGAGGUGCAUCCAAUGCAGCUUCCGUUGGCGUAUGUGCGCCCGUGGGAUGGUCAUGUACCCGAUGAGCGGACGGGGAGAGGGUUUCUGUAUGAUCGUCGGUAUGAGUACAACGACUUUGCGAGGUGGGAUGAGGUGAAGGAGAAUAGAAGCGUGGAGGGGGAGUAUAGGUGGAGUAAUCCGAGUUAUGAGGAGAUGUAUGGGGAUGCAGGUGGGGAGGAUGAGGGGGAGAGAAGGGAGGGUUGGGAUGAGCUUGCUGGGGAGGAGGAGAUGCGUGGGUAUCGGAGGGAUGAGGGACGGCGUGGAGAAUCUCCGUUGAGGCGUAGGAGAGGGAAUGAGAGGUUAUCGACGAUGUUCGUGGAUGAUGCUGCGAAUGGACGUGAGGAUACUGAACGGCGCGGCGGGGAGACUGUGAUUGAAGUCAAGACCGCCGGCGGAACGGUCGUGAAAGUCAAGAAAGCUCGGCGCAGGGAGGAGAGGUGA